AUUAUUCGGUAUCCCUAGCGGUUAAAAAACGUGCUUAUCGCUAUCGAUAUACCGCACUCUUAAGCACAUUUUCGCAAUUCGCGUGUGUCCGGCAAGUUGCGCGGGGAUUGGUUGGUAAAUUUUAAUACAAUAAAAUGGAUAUCGAGCUGGAGAAGAUUAUCAACGGAUUGUUGUGCACCGACAACGCCCGUAUACGACAGGCCACUGCCCAAUUGGAUCAGGCGUAUGAGAAUCCCCAAACCUUGCAGGCACUUUGUGAAAUUGUGGUCUCAAAUCGCGAAAAACAAAUACGACAAUUUGCCGCAGUUCUUUUGAAGAAACGUCUUUCUAAACUACGAUUUUGGCAGCUAGUGCCGAGUGCACAAAAGGAAGCAAUAAAGACUGGUAUGCUUCAGGCGUUAGUCGAAGAAAAAGAGAAAGCUGUGAAAACUGCAAUUGCUCAAUUGGUGGGAGCUUUGGUGCGUCACGAGGCUGAAAAAAGAGAUUCAUGGCUGGGCGAAUUGCUAAAUUUUAUAUAUGAUCGUUGCAACUCACCAGAUCCAAAAGAAAGCGAACUUGGCGCAUCCAUAUUCGCCACAUUGACAGAUGCGGCACCAGACCAAUUCAUAAGCCACAUGCCUUCCAUUUGUCAGAUGUUCUCCACUGUUCUGAUUGCGGCUGAGACUAGAGGCGAUUUGGCAACACCAACCGUUUCGCAGAUAAUGCUGGGAAUGACAUAUCUGGUGCCUUUCGUGAUAGGCCACACGGAAGCUGAGCAACUUGUGCUGAGGGCCAUGCCUUUAAUUGUAAAGGCUGUGCAGGCAUUCGCUUAUAAAGGAAAUGCCGACGAAUUUUCCAUUGUGUUCGAAAUAAUGGAUUCCCUUGCCGAAUAUACGCCCAAGUUGCUAAACAACCAUGUGAAGCCCCUAGUCGAAUUCUGUCUAGAUGCGGCAAGUAACAAAUCAGUUGAUGACGCAAUACGUGUGCAGGUCGGGUUGUUCAUUGGUCACAUGGUGCGCUUGAAAAAGAAGUUGAUUGUCAAGCAAAAGCUUUUGGAGCCUAUACUUAAUGUUGUUUUUGAAAUGAUGUGUUCCGAGGCAGAUGGCGAAGAUGGAGACGAUCUAUUUGCAGGUGAGAGCAAUUGUACCCCAGUUUCGGCUGCCACACAGACGUUAGAUCUAUUGGCCCUAAAUAUGUCACCGGAGAAGCUAAUACCACCAUUGCUUCAAUUGUUGGAGCCGGCAUUGCAAAGCCAAGACGUCUUGCGCCGGCGCGCAGCUUUUCUGUGCAUGGCCAUCAUUGCUGAAGGCUGCUCGGAGGCAGUAUGUGCCAAAUAUUUGCCAGUUAUGCUCAAUAUUAUCAAUAGUGGCAUUAACGAUAACUCGCCUCAAGUCCGCACUGCUGCCUUCUAUGCACUUGGUCAGUUCUCGGAGCAUCUACAGCCAGAAAUAUCGAAGUAUGCACCACAAAUUCUACCCGUGCUGUUUGAUUUCUUACACCAGCUUGUCCUCGAACUGAAGAUGGGUCGUCCGGAGCCAAAGCAUAUGGAUCGCAUGUUUUAUGCCCUAGAGACUUUUUGUGAACACCUUGAGAAUGAUCUUGAACCUCAUUUGCCGCUUUUGAUGGACCGUCUUUUCGACACUCUCGAUCCCCACAAUUCGAUACAUGUGCGCGAAUUGGCGCUUUCAGCGAUUGCAAGUGCUGCAUUGGCUGCCAAAGCGAAUUUGAUGCCGUAUUUCCCAAAAAUAGUGAGCAUACUGCAAAAUUAUAUGGUCAAGAACUGUGAUGAGGAACACGCUCAGCUGCGUAAUCAGUCUAUUGAUGCAUUGGCCACAAUUGCGCGUGUUGUUGGCAAGGAGAACUUUUUGCCCUUAGCUAACGAUACAAUUAGCUAUUGCCUCAUGAUGCUUGAGGAUGGACCCGACGACCCAGAUUUCAGGCGCUGUAUUUACAACUUAAUGGGCGCCCUUUCCACCGUUGUAGGUGAUGCCAUGUCAAAUGUUUUCCCCAAGAUAAUGGAUCGUAUGAUCGAAACUGUAAUUUCAUCUGAGGAUGUUUUACCCAAUGUUAAGGACGAAGUCACUCAAAAUUUUGGAGGUGGUGGUGACGCAGCUGAUCAGGACAUCGAUCUGGAGCACACCGACGACGAGGAUGAUGACGAGUUUGAUGGCUACCAGGUGGAAAAUGAUUUUGUCAUCGAGAAGGAAGAGGCUAUAUUGGUACUGAAAGAAUUUUCCGCCAACACUGGAAGCGCUUUUGCCCCAUAUCUACAAACGGCUUUUGAAAAUGUUUAUAAAGUGAUCGAUCAUCUACAGGAAGGUGUACGCCGUGCAGCCAUUGAGGCGAUCUGCGAGUUUGUCAUCUCCCUAAACAAAAUGGGAGAUGCUGCUGGUGUUAAACGAGCUUGCGAGAUUGUUAUGCCAAAGUUUGCACACAUUGCACGCUUCGAUGAGGAGCAGGGUGUGGUCAUUCAUUUGCUAGACACACUCUGCGAUGUCUUCAAAGAUGUGGGUCGUGCUGCUGUGCCAACAACUGAAAUAGCUGAGGCCAUAUUUGCGUGCAUUCGUGAUGUGUUACUAAGCAAGAUGGCAUGCCAGUUCAACGAGCCGACCGGUACUGGCGACGAAGACGAGCCGGAGGAGAGCGAAUACGACGAAUUGCUUAUCGAAAACGCUGGAAAUUUGUUGCCUGCCUUUGGCAGUGCACUGGAGCCUCAGACAUUCUCAUUAUACUUUGGACGUGUCAAUCAGUUCUAUUUAAACAAACUGAACAAAGCCAAGAAAAUCGAUGCUCCUGAUCAGCGUGCCUUCGUGUAUGGCGCACUCGCAGACUCAUUUCAAUCUUUGGGAAAUUGUGUAGUAGUUUACUUUGAUGUGAUGUAUCCACUCUUUAUGGAUGGUAUGACUGAUCCCGACCCAAUAGCACGUCAGAACGCAUUCUUUGGCAUUGGUGAACUGGUGCUAUAUGCAGAGCAAAAGUCUUACGACGUCUUUCCACUCGUCCUGCAAGGACUGUCUGAUGCCAUUUCCAAGGAGACACAUCCAGGAGCAUUGGAUAACAUUUGUGGGGCUGUUGCUCGUCUCAUUAUAACAAAUCACACCAUGGUGCCGCUGGUGCAUGUUCUACCAGUAUUCAUGUCGAAUUUGCCGCUGCGCGAGGAUAUGCAUGAAAACGAAAUGGUCCAGAGAGCGUUCCGUGUUCUAUACUCGCAGGCUCGUCCACAAGUCGUCGAUUUUAUUGAGCAGAUGCUCGCCGUUACCAUACAUGUGCUAUAUAAAAAGGAUAUGCCCGAUCGUGAGAGCAACGAAAAUGCCGUGGCCUUUGUUAAGGAAGUACGCGAACACUAUCCGACCAAAUUUCAUACUGUUAGCAAUGCUAAUCCCGAAGUCUAUAAUUUUGUGCAGUCACUGUAAGCAGCAUAUACAAUUAUAUAUUCUAUUCUAUAAAUAUGCAAAACAUAUACACACAUAUUCACACGUAUAGGAAUUAGAGAAUCCUAAACUAACUAGCACUAUUUUACAGCCUUUGCUAUGUUGGGUCAAUGUGAAUCAAAUCAUUAUUCUCAGUCUGAAGAAACAAUCAUAAGUAUUUUAAAUUCCAGUGUUUUCUGUUUUAUCAUCACAGCACUGUGACGGCUGUCCCCAAGGAUGCGUUCAUUUUCAUUAUUUUAAAUUUAUUGUGAUUCAUACAGGAUGCGCACCGUGUGUGAUAAUUAUCUUAGUUUCUUUGAGUUUUCGCUAUGAACUUAAAAUUGUUGUUAGCACAUAACCUACCCCAGAUAUUUCAUUGAAAAAUAUAUGAACCGAACGUGAUUUGAAAUAUAAAUAAAACGAAUAUAUGCUAA